CCAGACACGGGCCUCGGCGGCCGGGCUCCAAGGCCUCCCCGGCACCAUGGACAACGACACGGCCGCUCUCCAGCUGCAGGUGUUGUCGCAGUUCCCCAACCUCACGCUCGAGGACGUGAUGAAGAUCCUCUUCUUCAUGGAGAGCAACGUGACGGUGGGCAGCGUCACCCUUACCAACGUUACCUUCGCCAACGCCACGCAGCAUUACUGCCAGUUUAACUUCCGCGAGCGGUACAAGUGGGUGCACUUCCGCCUGGCGGUGUGCAUCGCGGUGACCGGCGUCCUCACCAACCUGCUGACGGUGAGCACGCUGACCCGCCGCACCAUGACCACCCCGACCAACCUCCUCCUGCUGGGGCUGGCGGUGGCCGACCUGCUGGUCGAGGUCGAGUACAUUCCCUACGCCACCUCCACCCUGGUGGGCGGCGACCAGCUCAUGCAGGCCAAGGAACACGCCCUCUAUGUCCUCAUCCACGCCCACCUCUCCCACGUCUGCCAUACGAUCGCCAUCUGGUUGACGGUGACGCUGGCGGUGUGGCGGUGGGUGGCGGUGUGCCGCCCACACUCGGCGCCCACCCUCUGCACCAUGGUGUACGCCCGCAGGGUGCUGCUGGCCGUCUACCUCGCCUGCCCCGCCCUCGCCACGCCCACCUUCCUCAUGUACACCGUUAAUGAGUACCCCGACGACGCCGGCUCCAAGGUUUACCGCGUCGAGUUCUCUUCCUUCGCCCUCGCCCACAACGAGCUGCUCAAGAAGAUCAACCUGCUGGUGUACAGCGUGCUGGUGAAGCUGGUGCCUUGUCUGCUGCUGGCGGUGCUGAUGCCGGCCAUCAUCCGGGGGAUGUGGAUGGCCAAGAGACGCCGGCAGCGCCUUCAGGAGUGUCGUCGGCCCUCGGGAGUCGUCCCAGCUGCUGACGGAGGCGGCAAGGUCCACGCCGACCCGCCUAGCGCCAAUACCCUCCUAGCCAAGACGGAACGCCGCCUCUCCCGCUCAAGUUGCGGCAGCAAUAAGCCCAGUGCCAAGAAGCCCGUGGCCGUCGCCAAUGGCACUGACCACCCCAAGCCCCAUAGUAAUAGAGAGAAUGAAAUCAUUUACGGUAAUCGUAGAUCCUUGUUCAGCACUCGGCGCUGUUCAGCACUCGGCGCUGUUCAGCACUCGGCGCUGUUCAGCACUCGGCGCUGUUCAGCACUCGGCGCUGUUCAGCACUCGGCGCUGUUCAGCACUCGGCGCUGUUCAGUACUCGGCGCUGUUCAGCACUCGGCGCUGUUCAGCACUCGGCGCUGUUCAGUACUCGGCGCUGUUCAGCACUCGGCGCUGUUCAGCACUCGGCGCUGUUCAGCACUCGGCGCUGUUCAGCACUCGGCGCUGUUCAGUACUCGGCGCUGUUCAGCACUCGGCGCUGUUCAGCACUCGGCGCUGUUCAGUACUCGGCGCUGUUCAGCACUCGGCGCUGUUCAGUACUCGGCGCUGUUCAGCACUCGGCGCUGUUCAGCACUCGGCGCUGUUCAGCACUCGGCGCUGUUCAGCACUCGGCGCUGUUCAGCACUCGGCGCUGUUCAGCACUCGGCGCUGUUCAGCACUCGGCGCUGUUCAGCACUCGGCGCUGUUCAGCACUCGGCGCUGUUCAGUACUCGGCGCUGUUCAGCACUCGGCGCUGUUCAGCACUCGGCGCUGUUCAGCACUCGGCGCUGUUCAGCACUCGGCGCUGUUCAGCACUCGGCGCUGUUCGCGAACAACAAACAUAAAACACUUCAAAACUGGAGACAAAUUACUAAAAACACAGUUAAUCACAUCAACACAAAUGGAGAUGACGUGUGUUGCCAAACCAAAACAAUAAACGCAGCAGUAAUGAAUUACAUUGAACUGAGCGUGAAAAGAUUAUAG